UAAUUCAGUUGUGGACAGCGCCGGGUGCUGAUGCUGCUGCCCGUGUAGUCGCAUCUAUCCUGGGGGCCUCCUCCCACUCAUCACAGCUCGACAAUCCGCAUACAGAGCCGUUGAUCCUGUGUCGCAGAAAAGUCAUGUCUCUCUGCAGUACUGCAUCGGAAUAAGGGCAUAGAGAAAGCAGAUCUACUUCACUUACAUUUUAACUGAAAUAGCAGCGACGUUCGUGGUUGCGAGUGGAAAAACCUUCGCUUUCUGCAUCAGCGCGAGAGGAAGUUAUGUUCAUUUUUGACGCUGCUGUGAGAUGCGUCGUGUUUAGCGCAAGCCCGAUUUAACCGGGUAAAGAGAAGAUACAGCAUUUGAGACAGAUUUUAACUUGGUCUUCUGGUGAUUUGGAUUGCCUGGAGUGCGUUUACCUGAGAUCUCGAGCAUCAGGAUGUUUUGACGCUGCUGGAAAUCUCCAAACGGGUUACCGAAGACUUCGUCUCAUCCAAGGCGCAUUUAAAGCGUCGGCAGAGACGAGCAGCCUCUCUGCACGGGAUUUAAAACUAUCGUCGCAAGGCGUUUUUCUGUACCUGUAAGGAGAAUAGAUUUUAACAGAGAUGAAAGUUUUUCCGGCAGUAUUGUUUCUGAUCACGUUUUGGAGUCUGGAGUGGGCGCCAGUGCUUCCCGAUUCAAUUAUUCACAUCGGGGCCAUUUUUGAUGAAUCUGCCAAAAAGGAUGACGAAGUGUUUCGCAUGGCGGUGGCAGAUCUCAACCUCAACAACCAGAUCCUGGAAACAGAGAAGAUUACUAUAUCUGUGGAGUUUGUAGAUGGCAACAACCCUUUCCAAGCAGUGCAGGAAGCCUGUGAGUUGAUGAAUCGUGGUAUUCUAGCUCUGGUCAGCUCGAUCGGUUGCAUGUCUGCAGGCUCGCUGCAGUCUUUGGCCGAUGCCAUGCACAUCCCUCACCUCUUCAUCCAAAGGGCACCCGGAGGAACUCCUCGCUCCAGCUGCCCACCCACCAGCCACGCCCAGCCGGAUGACUACACUCUCUUUGUUCGACCGCCGGUCUACUUAAAUGAUGUCAUUUUUCAAGUAGUGAUGGAGUACACCUGGCAGAAGUUCAUUAUCUUCUAUGACACUGACUAUGAUAUUCGAGGCAUACAGAACUUCCUGGACCAGACCUCUCAGCAGGGAAUGGACGUGUCUCUCCAGAAAGUGGAAUCCAAUAUCAACAUGAUGAUUACCGGAAUGUUCCGCACCAUGAGGGUGGAAGAGCUCCAUCGCUACAGGGACACAUUGCGCCGUGCUGUGCUGUUCAUGAGCCCCGCUACUGCCAAAGCCUUUAUUACAGAGGUGGUGGAAACUAAUCUCGUGGCUUUCGAUUGUCACUGGAUCAUCAUAAAUGAGGAGAUUUCAGACAUGGAUGUGCAGGAGCUGGUGAUGAAGUCCAUCGGCCGUCUGACCCUGGUGAGACAGACCUUUCUCCUGCCGCAGAACACCAGCCAGCGCUGUGCCAGGAACAACCACCGCAUCGAUAACUCCCUCUGCGAUCCCAAAGACCCAAAGGCACAUACGUUAGAGAUCACCAACCGUUACAUCUACGACACGGUGCUGCUGCUGGCCAACACAUUCCACAGGAAGCUGGAAGACAGGAAGUGGCACAGCAUGGCGAGCCUCUCAUGUAUCCGCAAGGGCUCCAAACCCUGGCAGGGUGGCAAGUCCAUGCUGGACACCGUGAAGAAGGGGGGAGUGAGCGGUCUCACCAGCUUGCUGGAGUUUAAUGACAAUGGCUCCAACCCCAACAUCUACUUUGAGAUCCUGGGCACCAACUAUGGAGAAGACAGAGGCCGUGGAGUCAGCAGGCUUGCGACUUGGGACCCAGUUCACGGUCUGAAUGGUACCCUGACCGAUCGAAAGCUGGAAAACAACAUGCGUGGGGUCGUCCUCCGGGUGGUCACCGUGCUGGAAGAGCCAUUCGUAAUGGUUUCUGAGAAUGUGUUGGGAAAACCGAAGAAAUACCAGGGAUUCUCCAUCGACGUUCUGGAUGCUCUGGCCAACUACCUUGGAUUUAAGUAUGAGAUAUACGUGGCCCCUGAUCACAAAUAUGGCAGUCAGCAAGCAGAUGGGGCCUGGAACGGUCUGAUGGGAGAACUGGUUUUCAAAAGAGCAGACGUCGGUCUCUCAGCCCUGACCAUCACACCCGAGCGGGAGAGCGUGGUAGACUUCACCACUCGCUACAUGGACUACUCUGUGGGUGUAUUGCUGAAGAAGGCCGAAAGGACGGUGGAUAUAUUUGCAUGCCUGGCCCCCUUCGACCUCUCCCUGUGGGCUUGUAUAGCCGGCACAGUGCUACUAGUAGGAACUCUUGUGUAUCUGCUCAAUUGGCUCAACCCUCCUAGACUACCAAUGGGCUCGGUCUCGUCCACCACUCUAUACAACUCCAUGUGGUUCGUCUACGGCUCCUUCGUUCAGCAGGGUGGGGAGGUGCCCUAUACGACUUUGGCCACGAGGAUGAUGAUGGGAGUUUGGUGGCUCUUUGCCCUGAUAGUCAUCUCCUCCUACACGGCAAAUCUGGCUGCGUUUCUCACCAUCUCCCGCAUCGAAAACUCCAUUCAGUCUUUACAGGACCUGGCAAAGCAGACAGAUCUGCCAUACGGCACGGUUCUGGACUCUGCCGUCUACGACCAGGUCCGCAGUAAAGGCAUCAAUCCUUUCGAGAGGGACCCGAUGUACUCGCAAAUGUGGAGGAUGAUCAACCGGACCGGAGGAGCUGAAAACAACGUGGAGGAAUCGAAGGAAGGCAUCAGGAAGGUGAAGUACGGCCGUUUUGCAUUUGUGUGGGACGCAGCUGUUCUGGAGUAUGUGGCCAUUAAUGAUGAGGACUGUUCGCUCUACACCGUAAGCAACAGUGUGGCUGAUAGAGGCUAUGGCAUCGCGAUGCAGCACGGCAGUCCUUACAGGGACAUCUUUUCUCAAAGGAUCUUGGAGCUUCAGCAAAACGGUGACAUGGACAUUUUGAAGCUGAAGUGGUGGCCGCAGGACAGCCCGUGUGACCUGUACUCUCCAGUGGGCACUCGAAAGACAGGCAGCGCGCUGGACAUCCACAGCUUUGCUGGGGUCUUCUUCGUACUAGCAGCCGGCGUGGUGCUCUCUUGUCUCAUCGCCACUGUGGAAACCUGGUGGACACGGAGGAAGGGCUCCAGAGUGCCCUCCAAGGAGGACGAUAAGGAGAUUGACCUGGAACACCUUCAUCACCGGGUUAACAGCUUGUGCACGGAGGAUGAGAGCCCCCACAAACAAUUCUCAACCUCCUCCAUCGACCUGACGCCCCUGGACAUGGACUCCCUCCCGGCCGCCCGGCAGGCCUUGGAGCAGAUCAGCGACUUCCGUAACACGCACAUCACCACCACCACUUUCAUCCCCGAGCAGAUCCAGACUCUUAGCCGCAGCCUGUCCGCCAAAGCGGCAGCCGGCUUCGCCUUCGGGGCCGUGCAGGACCACCGGACUGGGGGGCCCUUCCGACAGCGGGCCCCCAAUGGCGGCUUCUUCCGCAGCCCUGUCAAGACAAUGUCCAGCAUCCCGUAUCAGCCCACCCCGGCCCCCAGCUUCAGCUAUGGCAAUGACCCGGACAGGGGCACCUCCAUAUAAACUGCACGGGUCCUGGGCCAGCGAGAUCAAAAAAGGAAUCAAUGUAAAUACAAAUGUUCGUUUUUGGUUGUCGUUUUUUCUUGGUUUUGGCAGUGGAGUGAAGGAUACGCUAGUCCUGCCUGAACUCACCGACUCGAUGGGGAUGGAUUAAAAUGAUCAUUUUGUCUUUGUCGUUGUUGGGAUUUGUCCGCUGUGAACAAAAUCAGUUUUUGCCACAUUCAAUUUUAAAGCUCUUUUGUGGGCAGAGCAAAAAAAACAACUGCAUCAGAUAUUGCGACUUUGGGAUGUUUACUGUUUUGUUUUUAAACCAACAAACUCUGCCGAGUGUUCCACAGGCUGCAAUAACUCGACCGAAUCUUGCUUCAGUGCUGGUUAAUGUACAAUACUCUGUCUAUCCAGAGUGUUAAAGAUGACAGCAAAGCCUCAGAGAGAGCGGCUAUACCCGACCGUGGAUUUUCUCUUCUGCACCAGGUCCCACAGCGUGUGACUGUUUCGAAGGGCCUCUCAUCCUCUCCGCCAUCUCCUUGAAGAUGAGAUCUAAAUGGCACUCUGUGGAAAAGACUGACUGGACUUUAAAAAGAAAAUAAAAAAGUUAUACAGGUGGGGGGAAUCAAUCAAAUUCUACUAAAUGUCUCUUUCUGACUUUAAGUAUAACAAAUCUUUAAUGAGUGGAAUGUGUCUGGUCAGAGUUUUAACAAAAAAUGCUCAAAGCUGUCUGUAGUUUUAAAUUUCUUUUUUAUUAUUAGUUGCUUCAGUGCCGUCAUCUUACGUUGAUUUACAUGAUUGAAAUCAUCACUGUAGCUGUACUCCAGGACAAGAACAUUGUGUAGAAUAGCUUCAUUGUAUAUGCCACCAGCUUGCGGCUGUGCAUCAUAGGUUUUGCAGAUCAAAGAGCGAAAGAGUUUUUAAAUGAAAUCCUUACACAAGCCUUGGGAGACGAGGCUUUUUUCUUACUUUUCAAGUGCGAGAAUUACUACGCCAUCGGAAAAAGCUUCUGCGGCGGUCACUUUUGAGAGGUUAUUUGAAAUAUCUUUCUAUUUCAUUUCGUAAAUGUUAAGGGGUAAUAUUUAUCUAACUUUUUUUUAAAGUGCUAAUUGUUUAAAUGAGGCCAUCCAGGUGUGGUAAGAGUUUUAAAAAAUAUAUAUAUUGAGAUUUUGAGGACAAAAAACAAACAAAUCUUUUCACUAACAUAAAGUGUAUUAAUAUUUACUAAUGUUAGUCGUUUAGAAUGAGCUUUCAGUUUGUUAUCCUCUGACUAAUUCGCAAAUGUUGUGUGUAGGGAACAGCAGCAGUGUUUUGAUGCAAACAUUCUAGAUGUAAUUUACUUAAGAUAUGAUUACUGAAAGACUAUAGAGCAAUUUUUAUUUAGUAUCGGUUUAAAGAUUUUUAUUUAGAAUAAUGAAGAGACAUUUAAAUGUAUAUUUUACAUGCAGAUAAUUUUUUGGGAUUAAAUAAAAUAUGGAGUAUAAUAUCUGAGCCCGUAGAGCUCAGUUAGCCACUUAUCACAUUACAUGAAGUUCUCCGCAGUCUGUCUGACGGUAAGGCAUAUUAUUAUUUAAAUGUUAUGUCAUUGCGUUUAAAUUUUUUAGCUCAUCAGAAAGGAGGCAAGGUUUCUUUUCCGUAAAAGAAGCAUGCAAAACCUGCUAUGCCUGUAACGUUUUUAAUUUCAUACAUAAAUUGUACAGGAUUACUUCAUGGCUUCAUACUUCACAACUGAGUAUAAUGUACAGUAUUUAAUAUAGGCCUAUUUUGUUGUAUGUGUUGCAUAUUAUUCAAAUGGAACAAACUGAGGCCUCUGUUACAAGUGGCAAAGCUUUCUGUGUAUAAUUUGUCUAAUAAACAUGUUUUCUACAGUG